AUGGCAGCUGCUACUACGUCCACUAAAAGCGACGCAACAGCUGGAUCCCCAGCAGGCCAGCAAGUGACUAUUUUACGCAUUAAACGCAAACGCACCGAGGAGCCGCUCGAGGCAUUGUUCUCGGCGACAACCUUGCCUACGAUCUUCCGUCUAGCAGAAACAGUCGAGGAAAAGAGUUUCCACAGUCCAAGUGAAGCACAAAAGCUCAAAGAUCGUAUUACUCGACGAUUACAAGCAGUGCAUCGUGCUCAAGUGCCCGAAUCAUUGGAAGAACGAAAAGACAAAACGGUGGAAAAACAAAUGAGUGGAAAGUGCAGCAGAAAAAGCAGCAAAGGAUAUGUUCCAAAUGUAUGA